ACUGGAGAAGGGAUAUUGUAAUGUUACUACAAUAUAAACCCGGAAAUUUCAUGUUGUUUAUGCGUUUUACUACCGGAUAUAUCUUAACAUUUAUAAAGCCAGUCUUAGAGUGAAAUUAGUUAUAGUCUUUGUUGAGUAUUGCCACGAGUUAGACUUUAAAAUAUGAAAAUAUUUAUUAUUCACGUUUUAUUUUUAUUUAUCAUCAUGACAAUUAAUGUUGCAUUGUCAGUACCAACUCCGGAUAAAAGCGAGCACGUUCAUAUUAAAAUUCAUGUACCCAAACACAUUCAUACCCACCAUCAUACAGUCCUUAAAAAGGUUUUUAUACCUAUAAAAGAGGAACAUCAUGAACAUCAUGAACAACAUGAACAACAUAUUGUUCAUGAAGAUCAUAGUGAGAAACACGCUAAUAAUGAUAAUAAAUAUUUCGACGAUGCGUGGUAGUGAUAAUAUUUUUUAUGUUAUUUGUUGAUAUUUUAAUUUUAAAUAAAAAAUUAAAAAGAGUUUUUUUUUAUUUUUAUUUUUGUUUUUA